UUACAGAUGAUAUUAACCGUGUUCUUGAGCAACAAUGAGCAGAUUUUAACAGAAGUUCCUAUAACACCAGAAACCACCUGUCGAGAUGUUGUAGAAUUCUGCAAGGAACCUGGAGAAGGCGGUUGCCACCUGGCUGAAGUGUGGAGGGGAAGUGAGCGUCCCAUCCCCUAUGACCACAUGAUGUACGAGCACCUGCAGAAGUGGGGGACCCGCAGGGAAGAAGUGAAAUUUUUCCUUCGACACGAGGAUUCCCCAGCCGAAAGCAGUGAGCAAGGUGGCCAUCAGACCCAAGAGCAGAGAACUCAGAGAAAUGUAAUAAAUGUUCCUGGAGAAAAGCGCACUGAAAAUGGGGUUGGGAAUCCACGUGUUGAGCUUACCCUCUCAGAACUUCAAGAUAUGGCAGCUAGGCAACAGCAGCAAAUUGAAAAUCAGCAGCAAAUGUUGGUUGCCAAGGAACAGCGUUUACAUUUUCUAAAGCAACAGGAGCGCCGCCAACAGCAGUCUAUUUCUGAGAAUGAAAAGCUUCAGAAAUUGAAAGAACGAGUUGAAGCCCAGGAAAAUAAGCUGAAGAAAAUCCGUGCCAUGAGAGGACAGGUCGACUACAGCAAAAUUAUGAACGGCAAUCUGUCUGCUGAAAUAGAAAGGUUCAGUGCCAUGUUUCAAGAGAAGAAGCAGGAAGUACAGACUGCCAUCUUAAGAGUUGAUCAGCUUAGUCAGCAGCUAGAAGAUCUGAAGAAAGGAAAGCUGAACGGAUUCCAGUCUUACAAUGGCAAGUUGACAGGACCAGCUGCAGUGGAGCUAAAACGGCUGUACCAAGAACUGCAGAUUCGUAACCAGCUUAACCAGGAACAGAAUUCCAAACUCCAGCAGCAGAAGGAACUCUUAAAUAAGCGCAACAUGGAGGUGGCCAUGAUGGACAAGCGAAUCAAUGAGCUGCGUGAACGUCUUUAUGGAAAGAAAAUUCAGCUGAACCGUGUGAAUGGCACAUCAUCACCACAGUCACCCCUGAGCACGUCUGGUCGGGUUGCUGCUGUGGGUCCUUACAUCCAGGUUCCCAGUGCUGGGAGCUAUCCUAUCCCAGGAGACCCUAUAAAGCCUCUCACCAUUGCCUCAAGUGCUGCCCACGGAAGAUCCAAAUCUGCCAAUGAUGGAAACUGGCCAACAUUAAAGCCAAGUUCUGGUUCUUCAGUGAAGUCAGCUCAGAUGGCCAGUGCAGACUGGAAGGACUUGGGCAUGGAGGGAGCCCUCAAGCAGGGGGCCAUCUCAAGCCAGCCAUUGCCCUUAUCAGCUCUGGGAGCUACAGAGAAGCUGGGCAUCGAGAUUGGUAAAGGGCCACCGCCCAUCCCAGGUGUAGGCAAGCCACUGCCGCCAAGUUAUGGGACAUACCCAAGUCCUACACCUCUGGGCCCAGGGUCGACAAGCUCCCUGGAGAGGAGGAAAGAAGGCAGCUUGCCCAGACCUGGUGCAGGCCCAAGUCGGCAAAAACCUGCUCCGCUGCCUCCAGCAGGCAGUGCCCCCCAGCCUGGCUCCUCGCAGCAGAUUCAGCAGAGAAUUUCAGUACCACCAAGUCCCACGUACCCACCGGCAGGGCCACCUGCAUUUCCAGCUGGAGAUGGAAAACCUGAGUUUCCACUGACUGUGGCCAUUAGGCCUUUUCUAGCUGAUAAAGGGUCAAGGCCACAGUCUCCCAGGAAAGGACCCCAGACAGUAAAUUCAAGUUCCAUAUAUUCCAUGUACCUCCAGCAAGCCACACCACCUAAGAAUUACCAGCCGGCAGUGCAUGGCACCCUAAAUAAGUCAGUUAAAGCAGUAUAUGGUAAACCUGUCCUACCAUCAGGGUCAGCAUCUCCAUCACCCUUACCAUUUCUUCAUGGGUCACUGGGCACAGGCACGACACAGCCUCAGCCACCUUCAGAAUGUGCUGAAAAAGAGCCAGAGCAGGAAGGGCCCGCUGCACCGGGAGAAGGCGGUACAGUGGAGAGCCUGCCGCGGCCGCUAAGCCCCACCAAGCUCACGCCCAUUGUGCACUCACCACUUCGCUAUCAGAGCGAUGCCGACCUAGAGGCUCUUCGCAGGAAGCUGGCCAAUGCGCCCCGGCCUCUGAAGAAGCGCAGCUCCAUCACAGAGCCAGAGGGCCCCGGAGGGCCCAAUAUCCAAAAGCUGCUGUAUCAGCGCUUUAAUACCCUGGCUGGUGGCAUGGAGGGUACUCCUUUCUACCAGCCCAGCCCGUCACAGGAUUUUGUGGGCACCUUAGCGGAUGUGGACAAUGGAAAUACCAAUGCCAAUGGCAACCUGGAUGACUCUACCCCUGCCCAGCCCACAGCCCCACUCCCUGAUGAGCCUGCCCCAUCCUCAGAUGCCAACGAUAAUGAGUUACCAUCUCCUGAGCCAGAGGAGCUCAUUUGUCCCCAAACCACUCGUCAGGCUGCGGAACCUGCUGAGGACAACAACAACAACGUGGCUGCAGUGCCGUCCACGGAACAGGUCCCAAGUCCUCUAGCUGAGGUUCCGUCUCCAGGAGAGGAACCGCUCCCUCCGGCACCUCUUCCCCCUGUCAUCCAUCCUCCAGCAGCCUCUGCGAGCAAACGAACCAACCUGAAGAAGCCUAACUCAGAACGGACGGGGCAUGGGCUGAGAGUGCGCUUCAACCCCCUGGCACUGCUUCUAGAUGCUUCUCUGGAAGGAGAGUUUGAUUUAGUGCAGAGGAUCAUUUAUGAGGUGGAGGACCCCAGCAAACCCAACGAUGAAGGGAUCACUCCCCUGCAUAACGCUGUCUGUGCCGGCCACCAUCACAUCGUGAAGUUCCUGCUGGACUUUGGUGUCAACGUGAAUGCUGCUGACAGUGAUGGAUGGACACCACUGCACUGUGCUGCCUCCUGCAACAGUGUCCACCUCUGCAAGCAGCUGGUGGAAAGCGGAGCCGCCAUCUUUGCCUCCACCAUCAGUGACAUUGAGACUGCUGCUGACAAAUGUGAAGAGAUGGAGGAGGGCUACAUCCAGUGCUCCCAGUUUCUCUAUGGGGUGCAAGAGAAGCUGGGAGUAAUGAACAAAGGUAUUGUGUAUGCCUUGUGGGACUACGAGGCCCAGAACAACGAUGAGCUGUCCUUCCACGAAGGGGAUGCCAUCACCAUCCUGAGGCGCAAAGAUGAAAGCGAGACUGAAUGGUGGUGGGCUCGUCUUGGGGACCGCGAGGGUUAUGUGCCCAAAAACCUGCUGGGGUUGUAUCCACGUAUCAAGCCCCGGCAACGAACACUCGCCUGAACUUCCACUGGAGUACCACAGUCUCACUGGCUCCCAGGAGCCACUGGAGAUGAUUCUGCUGCCCCAGGAAAGCUAAAGCUAGGACGGUCUAAUGGUGCUCACUUUAGCAGACCAUCCACAAUGUGAACCCUGUACCUCCCAGUGAGGCCCUUCUCCAGUUUGCAGGAACUGGCAGAGGUACUUUUGCCAACAACUGUAAAUCCAAAUACCCAGCUUCCAAGACACCCACCCCUGUUGCCAGUAAGAAGUCCUGUAAUUAUCAUGGCCCCACCCCCAACAGUUGCCCAUGAAGACAAAGCUCUGACUGACCACCUCUCAUAUCAGUUAUCUCCCACCUUCAACAAAGUAGGCUGCUACCAGGUGGCUCUUGGUUAUCUCCCUGCUCUCCUCGAAGAGUCUCAGAAACCAGUGUCUUUUCUUCACAUUCUCCACACAGGAUCUCCCUUCCUUUCACACCAAAGGAGCCCAUUUGGAAACUGUCCAGUGUAGCUGUCCUGUGUGGGCAAUGUAGUGUUUUGCUACCUGCUGGCCCUGUGCUGUGGCUGGCCGUCCAUGCCGCAGCACAAAGGGUCCUCUGAUCCCACGGCCUCCGGCUACAGUGUGACUUUUAUCCCCUGACGGUUUGAGUUUAUUUCUACUUCAGUGCAGUUAAGACACUGGAGUCUGGGCAACAGUGAGUCACAGUUUGGCUCGGGCUGAGCAGACCUCAGUUCAGGAACGCCACCCCGACAGACUAGGAUGCCAUUUCCGAGUGAGGCAGGCUAUUUACCCUGGAGCGUGAAUUGUGUAGACAGGCUUUUUUUAUUUUUCAACUAGACCAUUCAAAACUACCAGAGUUGUGUUGGAAAUUCUUCUCCUCAUAAGACACAGGCCUGUAGGCUUUAUUUUUCAUGUGAAUCUUGUGCAUAACUGUAUAGAUCCAUGUGUAGACUCUCAGACAGUGCUGCAGUCAGCCAUCAAACACUGACUGACCAGGGUGGCACCAAGGUGAUGCCCUGUGGAGCAGCCUCUGCCAUUCCACCACUGAUGCUGUGUAAUGUGCACAAUAAACUGCUGUCUCACAGCC